UUUAAUCGAUCGAAGAGAAUCACCGCUCACUCACUCUCUCUCUCGCUCUCUAUCGUCCCGUAGCUGAGCUCUGUGUCAAACUCGAUUUUGGUGCUCUCUCUCUCUUUCGUCCCAUAUCACUGUCACAACUCGAUUUUGGUGCUCUCUCUCUAAAUCCGAGUGAGAUUGUGGAGGAAGAGUCACUCUCUCUCUCUACAUAUACACAGACACCCCGUAACAGUAAAACCACCAAUCUCCUCAUCUCUGCAAAAACACCAUCUUUUCCCACUCCCCAUGGCGCCACCCUCCACCUUCUUCUCCACUUUCAUGGCCGCCAUUCUGUGCUCUCUUUCUCUCUCCUCAGCUUCAGAAAUGGACAUUCUCCUCUCUUUCAAAUCCUCCAUUCGUGACCCAAACAAUUCUCUCUCUUCAUGGAACCCCACAAAUGCCCAUCCCUGCAACUGGACUGGUAUCCAAUGCAACCCAUCUUCUCUCUCCAUUCUCUCUCUGGAUCUUCAUUCACUCUUUCUCUAUGGCGAGUUUCCUCUCUCUGUCUGCCAACUUCCUCUCUCCAACCUCAAUCUAGCCAACAAUCUCUUCAACCAACCAUUAUCCCUGCAACUUUCUCAAUGCCAUGGCCUAAAGACCUUUAAUCUGAGCAACAAUCUCUUGUGGGGCACCCUGCCAGACCAGCUCUCACUCUUGAAAUCAAUGGAGGUCUUGGAUUUGAGCAAAAACCAUUUUGAAGGUCACAUACCUUACACUUUAGGGAAUUUACAGAGCCUCAAAGUUCUUAACUUGGCCAAUAACUUGUUCACUGGUAAGGUUCCUUCCAUUUUUGGAAAUUUUACAGAGCUUGAGGUUUUAGACUUAUCUGAAAACCAGUUUCUCAACAGUGAUAUGCCUUUGAGCUUUAGCGGCCUUCACAGAUUGAGGAAUUUCUUUCUUCAGGGCUCUGGUUUUCAUGGUAGAGUGCCUGGGUUUUUCGGGGAUUUACAAGGGUUGGAAGUAAUAGACCUCUCUCUAAAUAAUUUUUCAGGUGAGCUCCCCAUUAAUCUUGGUUCAAAAACGAAGUUACUAUUUUUGGAUGUUUCAGGGAAUAGGUUAAAUGGGGCUAUUCCUUCUGAUAUCUGCCAUGGGAAUACCUUAAUCCACCUUGGUUUACAGAGUAAUUCAUUUACUGGUUCAGUUCCUUCUUCUCUUGAGAAAUGCCUUACUCUUGAAAAGCUUCUGAUUCAUAACAAUGCUUUGAAUGGGAAUUUUCCUGUAAAUAUAUGGUCACUUCCAAAAAUAAAGCUUAUCAGAGCUGAAAACAAUAGGUUGUCUGGUUUUAUUCCAAGCUCAGUUUCUAUGGCUACCACCUUAGAACAAAUACAAAUAGAUAACAAUAGUUUUAAUGGAACCAUACCUUCUAGUUUGGGCAAAAUCACUACUUUUUAUAGGUUAUCAGCGUCUCACAACAACUUCAAUGGAGAAAUCCCUGAAGAUCUCUGCAACCCAGAUUCAUCUUCUUUGAGUAUAAUCAAUCUCUCUCGUAACUCUCUAUCAGGAAGAGUUCCUGACAUGACCAACUGUAAAAAGCUUGUCUCCUUCUCUCUAGCUGGUAAUGACUUAACAGGAGAGAUACCAAAUUCUCUCUCUAGCUUACCAGUCCUAACCUACAUUGAUCUCUCUUCUAAUAACCUCACUGGUUUGAUUCCUCCUCAGCUCACUAACCUGAAACUUGCUCUCUUCAAUGUCUCAUUUAACCAGUUAUCUGGCCAUGUACCACCUUCUUUGAUUUCAGGCCUUCCUGCUUCAUUUUUCCAAGGGAAUCCAGGUCUCUGUGGCCCUGGUUUACCUGAUUCCUGUGAAGAUCGCCAGAUGCCGGCCAAAAAACAUGCCGGAUUUUUUGUACCUCUGUGUUUUGUUGGCGGAAUUUUGAUGCUUUUUGCUGGAGUAAUUGUUCUGUAUGCUUCUCUCCGGCGAAUGUCUUGCCUCCCGAAAAACUGCAACUCCAUUUCUUCUCCUGGGGUCUCGGAACUAGAGGUUUUGUCACACCUCGAAGAGAAAAACUCAAUUGGGGCUGGAAAUUUUGGCCAUGUCUAUAGAGUUCAGCUUCCUAAUGGUAAAUUUGUGGUGGUUAAGAAGCUAAUGAAGAACUUUGGUGAGAGAAAGCUUGGAAAAAGUUUAAUGGCUCAACUUGAGAAGUUGCAGAAAAUCAGGCACAAGAACAUAGCUGAAUUAUUGGGUUUUUGCUACUCAGAAGGGACAAUGUUUCUGGUUUAUGAUUAUUUUGAGAAUGGGAGCCUAGAAAGAUGGGUUUGUGGGGGAGAGAGAAACUUGGGUUGGGAUUUUACGCUUCGAAUUGCAGUUGGGGUAGCAAGGGGUUUGGCUCAUCUUCACAGCAUCUCAAAAGAUCCGAUUCUUCAUAGAAAUAUCAAGGCUAGCAAUGUGGUUUUGGGUAUCGAUUUUGAGCCGAAAAUCAUUGAUUUGGGGCUGAAUCUCAUUGUCGGAGAAGCUGAUUACCAGGCAUCCAUGGAUUCUGGAAUGGGUUCCUACUGUAACAGAGCCCCAGAAUGCGGUUACAGUACGAUGUCAACCGAACAGAUGGAUGUCUAUGCAUUUGGAGUUCUCUUGCUGGAGUUGGUGACCGGAAAACAAGCAGGAUUAUCAGAAUCCGGGGAAAUGGUUGGUAUUGUGAAGUGGGUGAGAGGAAAAGUGAACACAAAGGGUGGCGCCUUUAAAGUCCUUGAUCCAAAAUUUGGUGACUCCUUUAAACUUCAAAUGGUGGGGGCUCUGCAAAUUGCCCUUAAUUGUACCACAGUCACUGCUCGCAUGCGACCCACCAUGAAUGAGGUUGUAGAAGAACUUGAGCAUCUCGAUUCACAAUCUCAUGUGGGUCGCUGAUCAUUCAAAUUUUAUUGUUGUUUUGGUGUUUUUAAGGGCUUGACCUCGAAAGUUUAUGUCAUGCUGUUGAGAGAGGAUACUUCUGUUGAUCCAUGUAUAAAAUUUUGUUGGAGUCUCAUGUA